AUGACGGAAGGCUGUAUGACAGAAGAUUUUUUGACAGAAGACUUUAUGAUGGAGGGCUGUAUGGCGGAAGACUGUAUGACAGAAGACUGUAUGAUGAAGGAUGGUAUGAUGGAAGGCUGUAUGACGGAAGACUGUACGAGAGAAAACUAUUUGACGGAAGACUGCAUGGUGGAAGGCUGUGUGUUGGAGGUCUGUAUGACGGAAGACUGUAUAACAGAAGACUGUUUGACGGAAGGCUGCAUGACAGAAAGCUGUAUGACAGAGGAUUGUAUAACAGAAGGCUGUAUAACGGAAGGCUGUAUGACAGAAGACGGUAUGACGGAAGGCUGCAUGACAGAAGGCUGUAUAACGGAAGGCUGUAUGACGGGAGACGGUAUGACGGAAUGCUGUGUGAUGGAGGGCUGCAUGACGGAAGGCUGUAUUACAGACGACGGUAUGACGGAAGGCUGUAUGACAGAAGACUGUAUGAAGGCUGCAUGA